CUACACACAGUGAGUACCCUGUUUCCUCUUUAUCUAAUCCAGUCAGCUUCAGAUGACCAUGGACCUGCAUCAUCAGGCCGGCCUAUAAGAGGUGUGAGGGUCCAGCACAGAGGCACCAUCUGCUCCAAAAACCACCAUCUGCAAAACAGGUCUAUUCAAGUCAGCAGCCAUGAAACUGUUCCAUAUUGCACUUCUUGUUCUUGCCCUCACCUAUGGAACCUCUGCCUAUAAUGGAGGCCUUCAAAUGAGCGACUACCUUGAAAACAUAAAAGCUAAAAUCGCUGUGGGCAACGAAGAGAUGAAGGACAAGGCUCAGUCGUUCCUUGAGGAGAGGCAGAGUGAGCUUGAGCCCCUGGCCGCUGAUAUCCAGAAUAAGAUGAAGGAGCUUCAGUCAGCAGUCACACACAUGGAGGAUCAGAUCAAACCUCUAACUGAGCAAAUGCAGCCAUUAUUGUCCAAUCUGAAGCAGAUGCUGGAUGACCUCAAGCACAGUGUGGUUGUGAACAUCAAGACCAGCAGGAAAUAACCCAACCAGUCAUUUCUAGGCAUCUAUAUUAUGUUGAAUUGCUUUUAACCCAAACCAGAAACAUGUUCAUAUCCCAUUGACACAUUUGAAAAUAAAACAUUUUUUAAGACUAGA